CAGCUCCAGUACGACGAUGAGUCCAUGGCCGCGGGCGCCAUGAUCUCCGAAGCAGACGCGCUCCUGCAGGCUGAGAUGGCGAGCGAGGUCGAUGCCUUCCUCGCUGGCGAAUCCGUCGACGAGACCUCCAUCGAGGAGCUGGCGCGCGAGCUGGCGGGCAACGACACCGAGGCGCCCGCCGCGCAGGCCGCCCCGGAGGCUGAGGGCGCGCCCGCCGCGGAGGCUGCCCUGGCGGCCGACGCCCCCGAGAGGGCUGCGGCCAAUGCGUCGGAGGGUGCCGCGGCCAGUUCCGAGGGGGCCGGCAACGCCUCGGAGAUGCAGGUCGAUGAGAACCAGAGCAGGGCCAAUUUGUCCACGUACUUCGACCCGAAGCUGAUGGCCAUAUUCCGGGAGAAGCAGGCGCACCUGAAGGAGACGAUGAAGGACUUCAUGGUGUCGAAGAAGGAGCUGGACGUGGCCAAGCUGGCCGCGAACCUGGCGAUGAAGAAGCUGAGGCUGGCGACCGAGAAGCGGAGGAAGAUCCUGAUGGGCGAGAGGAUGGCCGAGGCCGAGGAGCGCCGUGCGAUGAAGGAGAGCCGGCGACAGGCGAAGACGGACAUGACGGCGCGCGCGGAGCAGCUGCUGGAGGACUCACUGGGUGGCCUUGCGGGCGUCAACAUGAGCUACAUGGUGGACGUCGUCCUCGCCCUGCCGGAGGCGCUGCAGGACGAUGAGUUCGUGGAGGACUUCCGCAACGUGACGAAGAGGGUGGACGUGAACGUCCGGAAGUUCUUGGAUCAGACCCAGCAGAAGACCACCCAGUUCGUCAAAGACAGCACCUCCGCCUCUGACGUGGAAUUGCGCUUCAUCAUGGCGAAGUUCUUCCACGAGUCGGGCUUCCGCCUCCGAGGGCUCCACCAGGACAGCCUGAAGGCAAUUCAGAUGCUCAGGCGCUCUGUCCCAGAAGACCUGGAGAGGGCGCUCUUCCCAUUCCUCGGGCAGCUGAACGCCAACACUGUCCGCCUCAGGAUCAAUGCCACCAGCCUGGCCACUGCCACCCCGAAGGAGGCGUGCGACCAGAUCACCCAGAUCAUGGCAAACGUCUCGGACUAUCCGGCUCGAGACCAUCGGCAGGGUGAUCGAGAACGUGUCCACGAGGGUGCUGCCCAACAUGGAGAGGGCGCUGCAGGUCUCCCCCAACAUCACCACCUUCGUGGGCUCCUUCCUGAAUAUGGCGCGCCUCGAGGUGGGCGGCCUGCAGGAGGCGGCCCACAGCAUGGUUACCAGGGCCAGCCCCAUCAUCGCCGAGCGGGUGCAGUGCACCUUCAGCGGCGCCCGCGGCCGCGGCGGCCUGGGCCUCCUCGGCGCGGCCGCGGCGUUGGCGGCCACCUGGCUCCUGGGCUGAGGACUGCGGCGCCGGGCGGCCCGCUGCUCCGGGCCAGCGCGCCCCCGUGCCUCCGGUGGCCUUCGAGCAGUGGCGAAGCGUCCUGGCUCGCCUUAGGUGGAGGAUGGAGGAAGCGCCGAGCCUGGCGCUCAUCAGCGGCUGCCCGCUGCCCCCCCUUGAAAUACUGACCCUGUGGAGCCGUCCCACCUCUGGACGCCCUCGGCUCUGACCUCUGCGGGAUGGCCGGCGGCGCUCUCGAGUUCCGCGGGAUUCACGCGUUCCUGGGCGCCCUCAUCCCCGAGUGCCGCGGGGACAGCGGUCACGCAUUCGAGAUCGGCUGCAACGGCGCAGGUGGGGGCGCGGACGAACUUGGACAGACCCGCGCCGAGUGCCUCCGGAGGCUUCGGCCGCAGUGACGGCGGCGGGGGUGAUGGGUGGUCGGCCGCGGCCUCCACCCAUAGCCCUGGCCCGACCGACAUUUCUCCCACCUACCAUUCCCG